GACGUGGACACGAUUUUAGAGGGGUCCCAACUCUUAGAUAUAAGAAUGCAGUCAACUUCACUACCUCAGCGCCAUCAUCGAGCAAACUACUCAGAUAUACGAACAAUCGGACUUGAAAAGGCUUCUCUAACCGCCGUUCCAUAACUGCUUGUCAGAGGUCUUAUAUCUUCUUUGCGAAUUUUAUAUCAAUUUACUUCUCCCACUUCAUCACAAAUAUGACUCGCUCCAAUACCCUAUCCAUCGCUAUUAUUGGAGCUGGCCCUGCCGGUCUGACCUUGGCUCGACUUUUGCAUGUCAAUGGAGUCAAGACGACUAUUUUUGAACGCGAAGCAAACUCCGAGGCGCGGCUCCAAGGCGGAUCGCUUGAUCUACACCCCGAUGCUGGCCAGCGCGCGUUGAAGGAGUCAAAUUUGUGGGACCAGUUCCUUCGUCACUCUCGGCCUGAAGGGGAAGCUCUCGUUAUUGUAGACGCCAGCGGCGAGCGACAAAUCGAUUUCAAAGGCACCGGCGAACAACGCCCUGAAAUUGAUCGCAAGGUACUGCGCCAGAUGCUGCUCGACUCACUGCCCGCGGAAUAUUUUCGCUGGGGAAGCAACGUGCGCCGAGUAGAGGGUAAUGGGACUAUUCAUUUCGAAGACGGCGUGCAAACAGGAUUCGACCUUAUCGUUGGCGCAGACGGCGCCUGGUCGAAAGUCAGGCCGCUCGUAUCGCCUGUGAAGCCGUUUUACUCAGGUAUUGCUGGUGUGGAAUGGACUUUCGAGAAUGUAGAGGAAGACUACCCCGAAAUUUCAAAGAUGGUCGGUGAUGGUAGCUACUUCAUAUAUGGACCGAACAAAAGAAUCGCGGCUCAGCGUAACGGCGAGGGUCGGAUCAAAAUGUACGCCUGUUUUCGCGCACCAGAGUCAUGGGUCGCGGAUGCUAGGAUUGAUCUAAAGGACACCGAGGAGGUGCGGGAAUUGCUGCUUCAGACGUUCUCCGAGAUCCAGUCCAUUCAUCUCGACCUCAUUCGACUUGCCAAAGAGUACGUUGCCCGCCCGCUUUACAUGCUCCCUGUUGAAGAGCAGUGGGACUCGCAGCCUGGUGUGACUCUUGUGGGCGAUGCUGCUCAUUUAAUGACACCAUUCGCCGGAAGGGGAGUCAACUUGGCCAUGUGCGAUUCAUUGGAUCUAGCGCAUGCGAUUUUGCAGACUAUGGACGACAUUCCAAAAGCCAUCAAGUCGUAUGAGAAGCUCAUGCUUGAGCGCUCCACAAAGGAAAAAGCAGUGACGGUUGCGAGAAUGAAUAUGCAGUUUGCAGAUGAUGCUCCAAGACCAUUCGUGGAAUCUGUCCGAGCUCGGAUUGACGAGUACAUGAAGAGAUCAGCGAAUGGAAAAUAG